AUGUCUGCAAAGGCUGGGACGAAGAACGCGGCAGCGCCGCAGUCCGCGACAAACCCAACCCCGCAGAAGGAGCUCUAUCCCAUGGUGAACUGGAAGUAUGACAUGUUCCUCUACAGUGUCGGCAACAUUGUCGACAUGUUCUUCCGCGAGGUCGUGCCUCGAGGCGCCUGGCGCGUUCCUCAGACCGGCCCCGUGCUGUUUGUUGCCGCGCCGCAUGCGAAUCAGUUCGUCGAUGCCAUCAUUCUUCAGCGAACCCUCCGCUACGAAGCCAAUCGUCGAGCGUCUCUUCUCAUCGCCCAAAAGUCCGUCCACGGCUUCAUCGGCUGGGGCUCGCGACAGGUCGGUUCCGUGCCUGUUGGUCGCGCUCAAGAUGCCGCCAAGCCCGCCACUGGCACCGUUUACCUUCCCGAUCCCAUCAACGAUCCUACUCUAGUUCGUGGAAUCGGUACCAAGUUUGGUGAGGGCGAGGGUGAGAUACAGGGCAUGCUCUUUCUCCCACCUGGCAAGAAGACGACAGGUGCCAGUGUCGAUAUCGCUCAGAUCCUCGGACCCGAGGAGAUCCGCGUGAAGCGACCAUUCAAGGGCAAACUCGCCUUGGAACAGCUCACAGGCCGCGAUGACAUUGACAAGGACGGCAACUUUACCAACAAGGCACAUAAGGGCCCUGCCCCAGGAUACCAAGGCACCAAGUACAAGCUGGCACCUCAUAUUGACCAAACCAAGGUCUACGAGGCUGUCUUCUCGCGCCUGCGCAACGGUGGUUGCGUGGGUAUCUUCCCUGAGGGAGGUAGUCAUGACCGCACUGAGCUUCUGCCUCUCAAGGCUGGUGUCGCUAUCAUGGCCCUGGGAACUCUUGCCGAGGAUCCCGACUGUGGGCUCAAGAUUGUGCCUGUGGGCAUGAACUAUUUCCAUGCGCACAAAUUCCGUUCGCGCGCUGUUGUCGAGUUUGGCGCUCCCUUUGAGAUUCCCCGUCACCUUGUUGAGCUGUACUGUAACAACCAGCGCCGCGAGGCCAUCGGUCAGGUUCUGGACAUGGUUUACCAGGGACUCAACUCGGUGACCGUCUCGGCGCCAGACUACGACAGUCUGAUGAUGAUCCAGGCAGCUCGGCGACUCUACAACCCCACAGGCAAGAAGCUCCCAUUGCCCGUGGUGAUUGAGCUCAACCGAAGGCUUUGUAUGGGCUAUGAGCGGUACAAGAAUGACGAACGAAUCACUUCUUUGUCUAAAGCGGUCAAAGAGUACAACUCGCAGCUGCGCUACCUGAACCUCAAGGAUCAUCAGGUGCAGUAUGCCAAGAUGUCAACCAUCAAGGUUGUGUUCCUGUCCAUCUACCGCUCCAUCAAGCUCUUGUUUCUCUUUAUCUGCACCUUGCCUGGGCUGCUCCUCUUCUCGCCAGUCUUUGUGGCCACCAAGAUCAUCAGUCGACAAAAGGCCAAGACGGCUCUGGCAGGUUCGACGGUCAAGAUCCGAGGUCGCGAUGUCAUGGCUACGUGGAAGAUCCUAGUAGCGUUAGGAUUCGCACCUACGCUCUACAACAUUUACUCGAUAAUCUUGUCACUCAAGGUCUGGCAGGAUCGGCUCUGGGGCCAUGUUCCUGACUGGGUGCCCUUCUGGUUGGUUUACUUCAUGGUGUGGCCCCUUAUGGUUGGCAUCACAUUCGCAUCCCUGCGUUUUGGCGAGGUCGGCAUGGACAUCUUCAAGUCCCUGCGACCGCUGAUGCUGUGUCUGAGUCCGUCGUCGAACUAUAACAUUCACAAGCUGCGGCUCAGGCGAGCUGAGCUGAGCGCUCAGGUGACGGAUGUGAUCAAUACUCUUGGCCCUGAGAUGUUUGAUGAUUUCGACAAAGUGCGCCUUGUUCCUGACCUGUUCAAGACCGAGGGUGGUGCUUCAACGUCUCCAACUUCGCGUAGACGACGAGACAGUGAUCAGUCGAGCACUGGCUUCGAUGCCGAGACACCACCAGCUCUGUCGCGACGAAGCACGACACAAUCGAGCCGAGCACUGCCACGCAAUGAUUCCUUCAGCAACAUUGGCACGGUUGGCAUAUUCUCGACAAGACCACCAUCCCGAGCACGCAGCCGAUCCCGGUCGAGCAGCAGUGGAGGCGGGUUUGGAUCUGGUGGAUUCUCUAUCAGCGGAUUCACUACUCUGGACUCGGCUGGCGGGUUUGAUGAAGCAAGCCGCAAGAUUCGAGAGGCGAUGAAGGUUCGAAGACGCAAGACAGACCAGGAGAAGACGGAGGGAGAAGAGGAAGAGGAGGAUAGUGAGGAGGAAGUGAACGGCCCAAAUAUCUACCGGAACCGUUUAUCGGGCUAUUACAUUACAUUAUAUACAAUGACCUCCCCUUCCCAUCCUCCCUCCUCCUCCUCCACAACCGCCGCUCCACCUUCUUCCCUCCCGCGCAUGCCCGCAAAGCAAAGAAUGGCACUCUCCCUCAAGUCGUUUGUGAGCUCGGUGCUGGGCGGAGGCGCUCCGCAGCCGCCGUCUGCCACGGAGCUGUUUGUCAAGGUGGACCCCAAGGUCGACGGGGAGGAGUGUCUGCACGACUGCGAUGGCUGCACCGCGAGGUAUCCGAGGGGGUUCAAGAUUGAGACGGAGGAUGUGCUGUAUGGUCAGAUCAAGGCUUGGAGCACGCAUUUGCUCGUGGGUACCGGCAAGACGGAUUGGGUGAGGGAUGUGGCGGAUGAGAAGGGGAGCGUCAUGCAGGCCGUCGAGAAGGCGAGUGCGCCUACCAACGGGAAACUCAUGCUCUCGGCAUCCAAUAUGCCCACUCCUCACGACACCGACGACUACUCGGAGCCCACCACUCUGCUCCUCCUCCCUGCUUUCAAGCUCAUCCACAAUGCUCACCCUCUUAACGCCCCCCAACUCAUCACCGAGAUCAUCAACCAGGCACCCACAAGCACUUCCCCCCUCUCCCCCACGCCCCUACCUGCUUCCCUCCCUUCCCCAGAUCCUGACGCCGGGGUUCCCGCUCUGUCUUUGACUGACUGCCCGCACAAUGCCGUGAUCCUCAUGUGCAGUCAUCGGACACGAGAUGCGCGGUGUGCACAGAGCGCCCCGAUUCUGAGGAAAGAAUUUGAGCGCCAGCUAAGGCCGCUGGGUCUGUACCGAGACCUGCAUGAUGAGAGACCAGGUGGUGUGGGAAUCUACUACAUCAGCCAUGUGGGAGGCCACAAGUACUCUGCCAACGUUAUGAUCUAUCGUCGACCAAACGCCUUUGGCCUAGACGGCACGACGCCGGGCGAGACCAACGGGACCACCACGAAUGGGGCUCAAAAGACCAACGGCCACACAAAUGGCUCAUCAGAGGAACAAGCCGGCACCGUCGGUGCCUCGCAGGGCAUCUGGCUAGCACGAGUCAAGCCCGAGGACUGCGAGAACCUAAUCCGCUACACAGUGCUCCGAGGCAAGGUGGUCAAGCCCGAGAGUCAGCUGCGGGGCGGCUUUGACCGCGAGAGGGGGCUCAUGAGCUGGUGA